ACUCUCAUUUUUCUAUCCUACAACCGAGAGAGAGAGGGAGAGGAAGAAAGGGUUGCGAAGGGCAGCUUCUGUUAUAUCUUUUUACAGUGUUUUCCACUCCACUGGUAUACCUUUGUGCUAUGAGCCUGCCCAGAGGAAAGUAACAGCUAAGGAGCUGCUGUUCAACCAAUGAAGAAACUGAAGGAAUCCAAGGAAAUUCCACUUGGGACAGUAAUUGGUUUUGUGUGAUUAGUCCAAAGAGUGGAUUAUAACUGGGAUUUCUGGAACUUUGGGAGCUUUCUAUGGUUGAUAUUGGGAACAAGCUUCCUCAAGCUUUUUAAGGUAAACUCACAUAUGCCUAAAACUGUAUCUUGGCUCAAAGUUCUUUGAAACCUAUUUGGGUUACUUGCAAACUGUUAUACCCAUUUUAAGAUGAAUUAUUUGCUGUCUAUAUGUAUAAUCUAGACUUUGGGAACUAAAAUCUGAUUUUCUCGUUCAAGCCAAUAUUUUGAAGUUCAGGCUUCUUGCACUAUCGACAUGAUUUUGCUAGAGCUGUUUACAACAUUGUCAACUUCAACGUAACAGCCUAGAACAGAAGGUUACAUGUGGAUUUUGUUAUCUACCCUGCUAAAAUCUUCUUCAAUCUUUCCUAAGUGAAUGCCUUUUUUUUGGCCUUAAUGCUCCUUCUCAUUUAAAACAGACAUUGUUUUAUGUCAUAGUCCAACCCUGACCUUCCUAAGGGAAGGCACAAUUUGGGUUAUCACAGCAUGGAAUUUAUGAGUAAUCUUAGACAGGUCCUCCCAGCAGGGAUCAUACGGCGGGAUGGGUUCUCCUUCAUUACCACAUCCAUUCCUUGCAAUAUGUCACGGGGAAUUGAGAAAAGGUUCUUGCACAAAUAAUCCCUCAACUUGCAGAGUUUGAGCUCAUUGACAAGCGUAAUGGUGAAUUCAUAACUGCGAUGCCUCAUAUCUUCCCCAUCACGGAAUUCCACAGUAAAUUUUCCUUGUGGUAAAUGAACUGCACUAAAUAUGUUUUUCUCACCAUCAUAUGCAGUCAUUUCCAGUGGAAAUUCAUCAGGAUUAUCCUGGAACAACUUGUUUCGGAUCACAGACAGGUCAGCCUUUGACACUCUCACAGGACGGCCAUUAUUCAGAACCCCAUCUGGUUUGACAUCAAUAUCAUAGUGCCUUAUAAUGCUCUGAGGGUUGAAAUCAACACGAAAAUGGUUGACUCGCAGCCUAACAGUUCGAAUGGCUAAUUGGCCACCUUUAUCAGGUCGUUUAACUGGUACAGUUUUAUUCGUAUUCUCCAGGGAAGAAGAAGAAGUUGAAGGUUGUUCAGCAAUUUGCACUGAUUGCACACCUCUAACAACAGGAUCUGUGAAGUUAAGAAAAUUAUGUUAACAGG